AGAGAAACUAAUAAAAGAAAGCAGACAGACAGAAGUGAACUAUUCUCAUCUCAGUACAGCUCUCCUCUCUCCCAAAAAAGAUUCAAUCAUCCUCAUUCUUCAUCUUAUUUACAAGAACACAUUGACAAAUAUAGAAAGAUAGAGAGGUCUAUAAAAGAGUGGAGAGGGAGAAACACAUUGACAGAUAAAAGAACAACAAAGACAGGGAACUUGUUCACAAACAAGGGGGGCAGAAAGAUCAAAGAGAUUCAAGUUUGAAAAGCUGACAUCAGAGCUUGAUGGUUCGAACUGAUUGAAUAGAUCUACUUUUGUCCAAUUUUCUGUGAAGGGGAGGCUGAAGAAAAUGAAGUUUGGCAAGGAGUUUCCAGCACAGAUGGUGCAGGAAUGGCAGGAAGCAUACAUAAAGUAUGAUGAUCUGAAAACUUUGUUGAAAGAUAUACUGAAUUAUCGACAAGUGAAUCUAUUAUCCUCGGCCAAGCAAGCUUCGAGAGCUUCCUUUAAGAGGAAUGUAACCCUUUACAGAGCCUUUAGCGGCCUGACCAGCGGCUAUAACAGAAGCAGAGAUUCGACGAGCACUGAAGACGAGGUGAUAGUUGUUGGUGCGGUACAAGAAGGUUCAUCGGAGCAGUAUCAGACUAUGGUUCUGAUUGCUUUGGAUGAAGGGGGAGAACCUGAGGCUGCUUUCUUUAGGAGGCUGGAUAAGGAAUUCAACAAAGUGCUCAAAUUCUACAGAGCAAAAACUGGGGAAGUGGUUAAGGAGGCACAGGAGUUGAAUAAGCAAAUGGAUGCUCUCAUUGCUCUCAGGGUGAAGGUUGACAAGCCUUUGUUGGCAUCAAUGCAGGCUGAUUUCAACAAUCGUGGUGCUUCAUUGAAUCUUUCCAUCGGUAGAAGAAAGACAGUGUCACACAUGGAUGAUAUUCAAGAAGAUGAAGUGAGUCAAGAAGAAAAUGAGGAAGAUGACGAAGUUAGUCAACACGAUGAAGGAAAAACCAGUGAGCAGGCUGAGGCAGACACUGCAGGUCCUAAAAUGCCGUCUUUGGAAGUUCUGGAGCGUGUAAAGAUUAAUGUUGAAGCUGAAACUCCUGUAACAACUUUAAGAAGGAUUUUCGCGAGUUCACAAUCCGAGUUGUCCUUCAGCAAGGAGGAACUGAGGAAAGUCGAAGAACAAAUGAAACGGGCUUUCAUUGAAUUUUAUAACAAGCUUAGACUUUUGAAGAGCUAUAGUUUCUUGAACCAAAUGGCAUUCUCCAAGAUCCUAAAGAAGUAUGACAAGAUCACUUCAAGGAAUGCAUCAAAGCCUUACCUGGAGAUGGUAGAAAAUGCCUUUAGUGACAGCUCUAGUGAGGUUUCCAGGCUGUUAGAAAGAGUGGAGGCUACCUUCAUAAAACACUUCUCGAAUGGAAAUCGAAAAAGAGGGUUGAAAAUUUUAAGACCCCACAGUAAAAAAGAAAGGCAUGUAGUAACAUUUUCCAUAGGGUUUUUCUUCGGCUGCUCAAUAGCACUUCUAGUGGCUGUCAUCGUUCUAGUACACGCGAGAAAUAUUAUGAACAGUGAUGGGCGCCAGCAGUACAUGGAAAAUAUAUUCCCACUUUACAGCUUGUUCGGGUUCAUCGUCCUGCAUUUGAUCAUGUACUCUGCAAACAUAUACUUCUGGAGGCAUUUUCGGGUCAACUAUUCCUUCAUAUUUGGCUUCAAGCAAGGGACGGAAAUGGGUUAUAGAGAAGUCCUUCUUGUGAGUUCAGGUCUUGCUGUGCUCGCACUAGCUGGUGUAAUCUCGAAUCUGGAUAUGGACAUGGAACCACGCGCAGGAAGCUUCCAUACGCUAGCUGAAUUGGUCCCUCUGGGCUUAAUCAUUCUGGUGCUUCUUAUAGCAUUCUGUCCAUUCAAUAUCAUUUACCGUUCAAGUCGAUUCUUCCUUAUCCAGUGUAUCUUUCGCUGUCUCUGUGCUCCUUGGUACAAGGUUACCCUCCCAGAUUUCUUCUUGGGAGAUCAGCUUACUAGCCAGGUGCAGGCAUUGAGGUGUCUAGAGUUUUAUGUCUGCUACUACGGUUGGGGGGACUUCAAGAGGCGAUCGAACCAGUGCCAUCAGAGCGAUGUCUUUGAAGUAAUUUACGUCAUCAUCGCAGUUGUCCCAUAUUGGAUACGAUUUCUCCAGUGUGUUCGGCGCUUGGUUGAAGAGAAAGAUCGCAUGCACAUAACGAAUGGGGUGAAGUACUUGUCAACGAUAAUUGCAGUCGUGAUGCGAACAGGCCAUGAUCUCAAGUGGGGAGGGGGUUGGAAGAUAAUGGCGGCGAUAAGUUCAGCAGUUGCUACGAUGAUAAGCACCUACUGGGACAUUGUGAUCGACUGGGGCCUUCUAAGAAAGGAUUCCAGGAACCCUUGGCUAAGAGACAAGCUGCUGGUACCCUACAAAAGUGUCUACUUUAUAGCAAUAGUAGUGAAUGGGGUGCUGAGAUUUGCAUGGAUGCAAUCGGUAUUUGGGUUCUAUGAGGCACCCUUCCUGCAUAAGAAGGCGCUAACAGCCAUUGUUGCCUGCUUGGAGAUCAUUCGCCGGGGCAUUUGGAACUUCUUCAGGUUGGAGAAUGAGCACUUGAAUAACGUUGGAAAAUACAGAGCAUUCAAGUCGGUGCCUUUACCCUUCAGCUAUGACGAUGGGGUCGGGGGAAAGCAUGCCUGAAUAAUGACUCAAAUGCAGUGCAGAUGCACAUCAUCUAAAUAUAACCUUAUCUUCUGCUGCUGCGGCCCUCCCUCAAACUGCAAUUUUGUAUCACAAUUGCUCUCACUCACUCUCUCUGUGCUAUAGAAAGCAUUUGCAUUAUUUCUCUCGUAUGUUGUUAUGAAGAGAUUAAAUUAGUUGGGUGUCAAAGGAAACAUACAAACCUAACUUAUAAGGCAAGCGUCUUCCUUGGAUACAUAACGAUCGGGGCAACCUAUUAAUCAGUAACUUUUAGGGUUCGUCACAAUUUACCUGCAACAUGCUUA